ACUCCCUCUUAAUGAUGUCAUCACUGGUGUUACACACACAGUGGGCACCUCAGACUCACGGUCAAGGCUAUUUCUGCUCUUUCAGCUUGUCAAAUUUAUCAUUAUGCGUGAGAUUGUGCAUCUACAGAUCGGACAGUGUGGGAAUCAAAUCGGCUCAAAGUUCUGGGAGGUGAUCAGUGAUGAACAUGGCAUUAACAGAGCAGGAGCAUAUGAGGGCGACAUGGCCCUUCAGCUCGAGAGGGUCAAUGUGUACUUCAAUGAAGCUCAUGGUGGCAAAUAUGUUCCAAGAGCAUUGUUAGUGGACCUGGAGCCAGGCACUAUGGACAGCGUGAGGGGCAGCCACAUAGGACAGCUCUUCAGACCUGAUAAUUUUAUACACGGCAAUUCUGGAGCUGGCAAUAACUGGGCCAAAGGUCACUAUACUGAGGGCGCAGAACUUGUGGAGCAGGUUGUGGAUCGUGUCCGUAAUGAAGCCGAGAGCUGCGACUGCAUGCAGGGGUUCCAGUUCGUCCACUCUCUAGGUGGUGGCACUGGUUCGGGAAUGGGUACCUUGAUUAUCAAUAAGAUCCGAGAGGAGUACCCUGACCGCAUCAUGAAUAGUUUCAGCAUAAUGCCCUCGCCAAAGGUCUCCGAUACAGUAGUGGAGCCGUAUAACGCGACCCUAUCAAUUCACCAACUGAUUGAGAAUACAGAUGAGACAUUUUGUAUUGAUAACGAAGCACUGUACGAUAUCUGCUUUCGCACUCUCAAGCUCACGACACCAACUUACGGAGAUCUCAACCACCUCGUAUCCCUCACCAUGAGCGGGGUCACGACCUCCCUCCGCUUCCCAGGUCAACUGAACGCUGACCUUCGGAAGCUGGCCGUCAAUAUGGUGCCCUUCCCGCGUCUCCAUUUCUUCAUGACUGGUUUCGCUCCUCUCACAGCACGUGCAAGCCAACAAUACCGUGCUCUAACGGUGCCCGAGCUCACCCAGCAGAUGUUCGACUCCCGUAACAUGAUGACCGCGUGCGACCCACGUCGAGGACGCUAUCUGACAGUGGCGGGCAUUUUCCGUGGUCUCAUGUCCACUAAGGAGGUCGAUGAGCAGAUGCUCGCCAUUCAGCAGAAGAACAGCAAUUACUUCGUGGAGUGGAUCCCUCACAACGUCAAAGUGGCCGUUUGCGAUAUCCCGCCACGAGGCCUCAAAAUGGCCUCCACCUUCAUUGGAAACAACACCGCCAUCCAGGAGAUAUUCAAACGCAUAGGGGAGCAGUUUUCGCUCAUGUUCCGACGCAAGGCCUUCCUGCAUUGGUACACGGGGGAGGGCAUGGAUGAGCUGGAGUUCACAGAGGCGGAGAGCAACCUGAAUGAUCUGGUUUCAGAAUACCAGCAAUAUCAGGAUGCCACAGCCGAUAUGGAUUACGACGCAGAAGAUGAAGUGGCAGAAGAGGAGGGUCUGCCAUCAACAGUACACAGCACUCAAGCAGAGAUUAAGACUGAAGUGGUCACUGAAACUUCUGUCAGCGAAUGACGCGUGGGCUUUAAUGAAUAUAGCAUGAGUGGAUCUGAUUUUGUCAAGAGUGAGAACAUUCAGUGGCCCCAAAAAGUUUUUAGACACUUAAAAUGGAUGUUAUGAAUUACAUUGCAUUAGAUAUAAAAUAUUAAACCAAGGGGCAUCUGAACCAACAGAGCUUCAAAUAUAACAAUCACAAAGUGUUAUUUUGAACAUCAUUUUAUUAUUUUCAACCUAUUGAAAUGUAUUUUUAUAUUUUAUGAAAUUUAAUGACACUGUGCCUCAAGUGUUCAAAUACUAUUUGGAGCCACUGUACAUUGCAAACUGUGAAAUAUUUCUGACCUCCAAGGAGAAAAUGAUGAAUUACACAAAUACAAAUAAGACAUAAAAUAGAUUCAAAAUUCAAAUAUAAUUUUCUAAUCUUUCAAAUAUAAUUUCAAGCAGAUGUACACUACUGUUCAAAAGUUUGGGGUCAGAUUUUUGUACCCAGGUGAAAAAAGUACACUUCCAUAAUGUACUUAAAGUUCUCUAUUUUCACGCACUAUUUUUGUACUUAAUAUACUAAAAAUUCUUCUUUAGUACUUUUCAAGAUAAUCUUAAGAACAUCUAAUUGUAAUGUUACCCAACUGUGCUAUUUUGAGACACCAUGAAUAUGAACUAAAAUGUGCUUUUAACAUACUAUCUCUCUACAUCCCCAGAGAACACAAUACUAUUUCUGUAUGUUCUGUAACAAUUGAAGAAACUUAAUGGAAAAAUAGACAGUCAAAACUUUUUCUCAUUUGUGUGGUGUAAUAGUACUAUAUAUAGGCUUAAAUUCUUUUGUCAUUAUUUUUUUUAAUAUAUUAAACAAAGGCUACAUUUCUGUUUCUGUUAAUUUUGCUCUUCCUUUAAUAAAAGCAUGCUAUUAAUAUAAAAUACAACUGUUUCAAAAUAUAUUUGAUGUAUCUGCAUACUUCAGUGUUUAUAUUUAUAAUGCUAAGAACUUAUUUUCCUUUUCAUUGUCAAUUAUGUCAAGCACCCACCAGUUUUCAUUUAUGAAAGAAAAAAAAAAUGUCAAGACAAAGUGUUUUUUGGUCACCAGUAAGCAACAAACUAUUCAAUUUAAGAGGUUUUACAUAAUGGAAACACUGUACACAUUUUAAUAAAAUAUCAAAUACAUUAA